AUGUCCGGCAACGGAGAUGGUGGUUUCAAGCCCACCUGGAGCUUUGCAGGCCUUGGAGCCGGCACCGCAGCGUCCACAACUAGCCGGGGGUCGAGGCGUACAUCCACAGGUACCAGAGGAGGAAGAAGCAGCCCGACACCAUCGGCGGCACCUUCACAGAGAAGCGUGGCUUCCAAAUCAACCCGCCGCACAUCGCAGCGAUCCACGACUGCGGCUUCGUCUUCCGCCUCGACUUCUACUCACAAACCGAGAAACCAGCCCGGGGAAGAUGCCGAUGAGAAAACCAUCACGGGUCGGCGACGCCUCACUGCCAAAGGGGGCAAAAGUGGCACACGAGAGUGCGCCGUCUGCACAGAAGAAGUCCCAGACUCGGGCUUUCCCACCAGGGCCAUCACCAGCGCCUGCAGCCACGGGAUAAACACCUGCAAGACCUGCCUGGAGACGUCGAUCCGCUCCGACAUGAACAACAAAUACUGGAAUCGCAUAUCCUGCCCCGAAUGCGGCGCCUCUCUGAUCCAGGAAGACGUGGAGCGGCACGCAGACCCGGCAGCCGUCGAAAAGUACCGAAAGCUCAAGGAGAACGCCGACCGGCAGGCGUUGCCCAACUUUCGCUGGUGCGCCGCGGGCUGCGGCGCCGGACGGGAGCACACCGGCGGGCCCAACCAGCCCAUGAUGAUCUGCCAGCAAUGCAACGCCAGGUCUUGCUUCAACCACGAAAGCCGCUGGCAUGAAGGGUUCACGUGCAGGCAGUGGGACAAGGUCACCGAGCCGGACGACGAGUCCGUGGCGUCGACAAGAAGGGCUCCCACUGUGGCACGAUCUGAGGCAUCUUCCACAAGGGGCUUACCGGGUGCUGCGUCUGACGCUUCUUCGAGGCGGGUGGCACCCAUGGCGGCGUCCGCGUCUUCCUCCUCUCAAAGGACGCCUCCUAUAACAACCCCGGCUGUAUCAUCGCGAGCAUCCGUACGCUUAACCAGUACAAGGACCACAAGCGCAUCAACACGAAGCACCGUGUCUGGAACAUCAAGUCUGCCGAGAGCAACAUCGCCGACACCAAGCCAAAGUGACUCGAGAACCGUCCGUUCUGCACCAACCUCAGCUGUCUCGUCUGCCAGCCACAUCUCUCGCCGCACACAAGGCAGCAGCAGGACUUCAAGGCUAGGAAAUUCAUCAGACCGCCAGCUCACCGAAAGGAGGCUGAUCUCAAUCCGAGAAGAGGAGGAAGCAACAAACAUAAAGUUCAGUAUGGAGUUGGCCAAAAGGCUACAGCUAGAAGAAGACAAAGCCACCGCAAAAGUCUACGAGGACGAAAGCCUAGAGAUGGCGCGGCAGCUUGCCGCCGAGUUUGCGGCCGAGGAGGAUGCCAGCCGGGAGCAGCUCAGCCUGGGCCUCGCACGCCGGAUGCAGGAGGAGUGGGCCGCCUUGGACGAGGAGGAGAGAGAAAAGAGCAGCGCAAGCAUGGCGCGCCGCCUGCAGGAGGCAGAAGAGGCGUCCCUAGUGAACACGGACUUUAUGAUAGCCCAACGGCUGCAGCAGGAGGAGCAGGCAAAAACCCGCCGCGGAGACGAGGCCGGCAGCCAGCACUGGUAUCCUGAGCUCCGCGGCGGUGGCAUCUCUCUGAGCCGGCCGCGGUCGCCAAGGCACAGAAGGGACAGCCGAGGACGCGGCCGCGACCAGGAGUCCCGGCAUCGCUCCGGCAGAGAUCACGAGACACGACACCGCCAUGGACAGCCGGGCUCGGUUGACCACGAUCGUCCGCACACGCGGCGGGAGGGGCGAGAGCGCCAAGACGCCCACGAAUCUCGGCGGCUUUACGAACAACACAAACAGGAAUGGGAGAGGCGCGCUCGCAGAGAAGAGCAACUCGGGGCACAGAGACGCCAAGACGAAGAAAAAGAGAAACGUGAACAAGCGUCCCGGAGGGAGGAGGCACUGAGGGAGCAAAAGAGAGAAGAGCUGGCGGCUGCCGCGGCCGAGCGAGAGCGGGUGCAGCAGACAGCAGCUGCUGAGAUGAAGAGCAGGAGAGAGGCUGCACGGGCCGAGAGGGCGCGCAUGGCGGCCGAGCGAGGCAUCUACCAGCCCACUUCUGGUGCUGAUCAAGCCUAUAUGCAGACCGACGCUAUCCAAGAGGCCAAGAAGAGACGCAAGCAAGAGCGGGCCAGCCAGGCGGCUAUCAAAUCGCUGUCGAAGCCUUGCCCUGAGUGCAAGUUUGAUACUUUUAAAGCUGAAGGAUGCGAUCACAUUACCUGCAGCGCUUGUCAGAAUCAGUGGUGCUGGGUCUGCCGAUCCGCCUGGACAGAUAUGGGCUGUUCAAAUCUGGGCUGUGCUGGAGGAUAA